AUGUCAGGACGAAGAGACGCAGACAGAGAGCGCGACAGCAGGCGUGCUGCUGCUGCUUCGGUCCGUUCGAAUGAGUAUUUCGUACCCAAGGAUGGGAUAGACAGAGAAGUCAUCACCGCCGACAUUUGUCGGUAUCUUGGGAACGAUGCUCUCGUACGGCCAGGCACCUACGAGGACAGAGAAACCCGACAGAAAAUCGCCGGCUACUUCAUCACGGCUUAUCGGAAUCUCACGACCGCGAUGAUCGCAGAUCUCAAAGCAGAUUCAAAGCGAUGGGACAAAGAACGUGCAGAAACUUUGAAUGACGGUUCCGCACAAGGACAGUCUGCAAAUGUGGGAGGGUAUCGAGACUCCACAGUCCAUCAAUCCCGACAGUAUUAUGGCCCAACCGAGGCUGCUGUUGCGACUCCCACAGGAGGAUAUCCUUCAUCGUCUGCCGCUGGCGGCGUGACGCAAUCACAGGAAGUAUAUUCCCAAGGAUAUGGACCUGGACAAAGUUACGGCCAACCCAGCUCAUACGGUGCCCCUCCUACUGCAUAUGGCCACCAACCUGAUAACUAUUCUUACGUUGCUGGCGCAGAUUAUGGCAUUAACCAGCAGCCACAAGGUGAAUCGAGUCUCCGCGGAGGAAGAAAUGGCCCGUUACCACCAGCACAAGUUCCACGUGGAGCUACGGGCUACCCAGCCCAACCUGCCGCAUCUUACCCAGAUCCCCGCGGUAAUCCAGGUGGUUAUUAUCCCCCUCAAAAUUCACAGGGACAGGCAUCUUCAUAUCCUGCUCAUCCAAGCGAGGCAUACUAUGGUCGACAGAGUACGUACAACGAUAAACAUGUUUUCCUAACUUCGUCUCCUCGUAGAAGAGAACUCUCUGACUGCUUAGGUCCAGCUGUAGCCGGCUAUUCUGAUCCAGUGGACAACUAUCCGGAUAAUCGACAAUAUGAGCAGCCCCAGUACAGCCAAGGUCCUAUGUCGUCCUCCUCAACAGCAACAGCCAACCAAGGAGCCCCCAGGAGAGGUGGAGGUGAACGAGAACGAGACCAAGACCCACGUGAUAGACAUCGUUCCCAUGGAAGUGGUCGCCCCCAUGGCGGCCGGAAUUAA